UUGAGCAAAACUACCAGUGGGUACAGGCAUUAGUACUUGUUCGACGUUCCAAAAGAAGCGACGUUUACCGGUCUUAGUGAAUCGUUUCUAAUAUCAACAGUGUGUGUGUGAGCCACCAUCUGUGUAGGAAAACAACACAGCAUUUUUGAUAACACGGGAGCGUACACCUGUCGUAUACUGUUAUGUAUCUACGUGUCAAUACGGGGGAACCGUUAAAGCAGCUGAAUCUGACGUAUCAUGAUCAGUUGAAUGUGAGUAUACCGUUCCAUUGCAGCAAUACUGUGAAGAAACAUUCUAUUGAACAUCAUCCUGGUAUGGAGUUGGUGGCUGUUCAACUUUUAGGUAUAGUGGGGAUGUUUGGCAGCAUGUUAGCAGCCUUUAUGGUGCCAUACUUGUGUGUUGCCCGCUGGCCAGCAACUCUACGUGGCAUCAGGUAUCAGCUAGCUCUCAGUCUAGCAAACUGUUUCUCGGGGGGAGUCUUUCUGGCUACAUUUUUUGUGGGGCUACUUCCCGAAGUGCGAGAGAUGUUUGAAGCAAUUUUAGAGGUGAAGGGCAUUCACACUUCUAUUCCAGUUACUGAGUGUAUGGUCUUCGUUGGAUUUUCCCUUGCUUUGUUGAUCGAACAAGUAGCGCUAGACUAUCAAGAAAAAAAAUCUGCCGUCCUUUCAACAAACUCCAGUUCCUCCAUCAAUAUAGACAAGAAUGACUUUCAAACAAAUUCUGGCCCACGCAGGUCAAAGAAUAACUUAAAAUGUCAAAGUCGAGAACCACUUCUCCCUGGUGCUAGUCAAUCAACGGAAGAAGAAGAUACAGAUUCAAAAACCACAAAGACUAUAUCUAACCAUGUAAGUAAAUCAGACACUGACCAGACAUCCUCCGAUGACGAUUAUACCGAUAAACUAGAAAGUUCUCCACUAGCUACAAGUGGCCACAGUCAUACAAGUGGACACGGGCAUUCACAUGCCGAUGUCAGUAGUUUAGUGCGUGAAGAGUCGGGUGUUCGUUUUCUUUUGCUGGUUUUGUCUCUUAGCGUUCACUCAAUAUUCGAAGGCUUAGCUUUAGGCUUACAGUCCAAUGUUGGUACACUGAUUAACCUGUUGCUUGGCGUUGCUGUCCACGAGUGGCUGGUAGCGUUCUCCAUGGGUGUUAAUAUCGCCCGUCUCAGUCUGUCACGUGGAGCUACUUUGCGGUUCGCUGCUCUGUUCUCCGCCACAAUUCCGGUAGGGCAGUUAGUUGGCUUGUUAGUUGGCAGCAAUCAGACUAUUGGUGGACAAACUGCCAGUGCAGUACUCCAAGCAAUCUCAGCGGGAACAUUUAUCCAUGUGACGUUUUUGGAAGUGAUUCCAUCAGAACUUAAAGAUGGUGGCCAUCGACUGCUAAAAGUUUUUUUUCUGUUUAUUGGUUUUUUGUUAUUAUUAAUUUGUUCAAUAUUACUAAAUGAAGGUGCUGGCCACAUACACUAAAAUGCCGGUAGCUUAUUUAUACAUUUUGUUUUAAACAGAUUAUCAUGUUAUUUUUCACUAAUCUCCUCUGUUAGGGAGUCAAGCAGGCAUGUUUAAAUAGGCAAUAUCGAGUGUAAUAUUAAUUUGUUUGUAGUUAAGCACAAGGGGCUAUCUGUGCUCUGCCCACCACGAGUAUCGAAACCCGGUUUCUAGCGUUGUAGGUCCGCAGACAUACCGCUGUGUCACUGAUUUCAUACAAAUACUCUUGAUUUUUGUCAAAGUGCUUGGUAUUUAGUAAAACGUGGAGAUACACAAUAUACACUUUGGAGUUAACAUGAUUUUGUCUUUCAAACAACUUGUGUAGGUUUACAUAGCUCCACGAGUUCUUUAAUAGAAAAGAUGAAACUGUAAUGUUGAAUACUAUUAAACAAGUAUAUCAAACCAAAACAUGAUUUCUCGGUCAGUUACUCUUAUUUGAACUUCACUAUCUUAAAUAAUUAAAGAAAAGCCAAAUAUAUUGAUAUAAGUCGUAUCAUGUGAUGUACACUGGAAGCUGAAUUUGACUUUCGGAUUAAAUGUGUAUGUUAGUGGUUGUCUCCAUGCGAGUUGUAAGAGUAAACUGUAAAUUGAGACUCAUGCUGCAGUAGGAGUGUAGUGCCAUUAUAUUCAUAGUUUUCAAAAUUUACGAGUUGUAGCCUCGUGACAUAUGAAAAAACAACAACAAGAAACAACAACAGGUGUUUGACUUUGUCUAACUUCAACAACAUCACAAGAGAUUAGCCAGUCAUUUAUUAAAAACAAGGUAUUGACGGACAUCAAUUUUUGGUAACAAUUUUUGGUAAUUUUAACAUAAUCCAUUUACAU